AUGCCGCCCAAAAAGCAGGACAAUGCGCCCAAGAAGGUCGCCGUCGACAAGACCUUCGGCAUGAAGAACAAAAAAGGAGGAGCCGCCCAACGCGCAAUCAAGCAAAUCACCGCCACCUCCAACCUGCCCGCCGACGAGAAACGCAAAGCCGCCGAAAAGGCUGCACGCGAAAAGGAAAAGGCCGCCGCCGAAGCCGCAAAGAAGGAAGCCGCCGAACUCUUCAAGCCCGUCCAGAUCCAAAAAGUGCCCUUUGGUGUGGACCCUAAAACCGUGCUGUGUCAGUUUUUCAAAAAGGGCGCUUGUGAGAAGGGGAGGAAGUGCAAGUUUUCGCAUGACUUGAGUCAGGGUAUCAAGGGAGAGAAGAAGAGUUUGUACACUGAUACGAGAGAGUUGGAGAAGGAGCAGCAAGAAGAGGAAAGGAAGAAGGAUGAUAUGGUCGAUUGGGAUGAGGAGAAGCUGCGCAGUGUUGUCUUGUCCAAGCAUGGUAACCCCAAGACGACGACCGAUAAGGUGUGCAAGUACUUUAUCGAGGCUGUUGAGAAUGGCAAGUACGGUUGGUUCUGGACUUGUCCUAAUGGCGGCGACAAGUGCAUGUACAAGCACAGUUUACCACCAGGCUUCGUCCUCAAGACAAAAGAACAACGCGCCGCCGAAAAGGCCCUCAUGGACAAAUCCCCCCUCAACACCCUCACACUCGAAGACUUCCUCGACUCUGAACGCCACAAACUUACCGGCACCCUGACCCCCGUCAACGCAGAAACAUUCGCAAAAUGGAAAAAGGAACGCAUGGACAAGAAGGCCGCCGAACAAGAAGCCCAAAAGAUGAAGGAAGCCACCGGACGUGCUCUCUUCGAAAAGGGCGACUGGAACGACGAAGACUCGGACGAAGAAGACGACGGUACUUGGAACUUGGAAGCUAUGAGAAGGGAAACCGAGGCGGCUAGACAACGCAAGGAAGAGAUUCGAUUG